UGGAACUGAUUUGUAUAUUUUUGUUGACUGAAUUUUGUGGUCGUGUUUUGUUGCGCGUAGGAUUUGAUAGGUAUUUAGUGAAUUAAUAAAAUGUUGGACUUUGUGGUCGUGUUCACAAAAGGCGGCGUUGUGCUUUGGAAUUCAAAUGAAUCCGGCAAAAACUUUGCCUCGUGCAUAAAUAGCUUAAUACGUGGCGUCAUAUUGGAGGAGCGUAAUACAGAGUCCAAGUAUUUUGAGGAGGAUCAUCUGGCGGUGCAAUUCAAGCUGGACAAUGAGCUCGAUUUGGUUUAUGCGGCCGUAUUCCAAAAGGUUAUCAAACUCAACUAUUUGGACAACUUUCUGGCCGAGAUGCAGUUGGCAUUUAAAGAGAAAUUCGGUGCUAUUGCUGCCCAGGAACGACUCGGCAUUGACUAUGAAUUCGAGCAGGAGUUCCGGAGUGUACUCAGCGCCGCCGAGGAGGCAUCAGCCAAACAGGGGAAAGCCCCCAAAACGAUGCGCUCGUUUAACGAGUCGCUGAAAUCGAAGAAGACCGUUGCCUCCAUGAUUGAGGACAAGAAAUCCUCAGCAGCGUCCGCGAAUGAGAAGCGUGUCAAUAUACAGGAGAGUCCGCCAGCAACGAAAUCACAGCCAUCAUCACCGCCACGCAACAAUGAUGAUAUUAUCCAGGAGAAUCGUCGCAAGCUGCGCGAGAAACUAACGCCCACAAAGAAGGCGAUUGUGGAGACAAAGCCCAGCAAGAUUAGCGCCCAGGAGAAGGAGAAGGCCGGCAAGAAGCCAAGAGUCUGGGAUCUGGGUGGCAACUCCAAGGAUGCCGUCCUGCUCGAUCGUUCCAAGGAUGCGCCCGAAGAUGUUCAGGUGCAAAGCAUCAACAAUGAUCUGGUGGGCACAAUGCAGGGCAAUAUUCCGGACUUGGAUGAGGAGAGUGAAUCCGAUCGCGAUGUGGAGGACAGCGAUGACAGCGAUGAGGAUCAGGAUCAGCAGCAGCAAAAACCACAGCAACAAAAGAAACAACAGACACGGGCAAAGGCAAAAACUGGCGGAUUAUUGUCAUAUUUCAAGGGAAUAGUGGGCGCCAAGACAAUGUCACGAGAGGAUUUGCAGCCGGCGCUGGAGAAGAUGCGCGAUCAUUUGAUAUCGAAAAAUGUGGCAUCGGAAAUAGCAGCGAAAUUAUGCGAUUCGGUGGCCACAUCACUGGAGGGCAAACAGAUGGGCACCUUCGAUAGCAUUGCCAGCCAGGUGAAGGAGGCACUGACGCAAUCGCUGGUGAGGAUUCUAUCGCCCAAGCGACGCAUUGACAUCAUCCGUGAUGCAUUGGAAUCGAAGCGUAAUGGCAAACCAUAUACGAUCAUCUUUUGCGGUGUCAAUGGUGUUGGCAAGUCCACGAAUCUGGCCAAGAUUUGCUUUUGGCUCAUCGAGAAUGAUUUCAAUGUAUUGAUUGCCGCUUGUGAUACGUUCCGCGCUGGUGCCGUGGAACAAUUGCGUACCCAUACACGACAUCUGAAUGCCCUGCAUCCGGCGGACAAGCAUAACAAUCGCCAUAUGGUGCAGCUGUAUGAGAAGGGUUAUGGCAAGGAUGCGGCUGGCAUUGCCAUGGAGGCCAUCAAGUUUGCUCACGAUACCAAGGUGGAUGUGGUGCUGGUGGACACCGCCGGUCGUAUGCAGGAUAAUGAGCCCCUAAUGCGUUCCCUCUCCAAACUGAUCAAGGUGAAUAAUCCCGACCUGGUGCUCUUCGUGGGCGAAGCUCUGGUCGGUAAUGAAGCCGUCGAUCAAUUGGUGAAAUUCAAUCAAUCCCUCGCCGAUUAUUCAUCGAAUGAGAAUCCCCAUAUUAUUGAUGGCAUUGUGUUAACCAAAUUCGAUACUAUCGAUGAUAAGGUUGGUGCUGCCAUCUCUAUGACUUAUAUCACCGGACAGCCUAUAGUUUUUGUGGGAACUGGACAAACCUAUGCGGACCUCAAAGCCAUCAAUGUGAAUGCCGUUGUCAAUUCACUCAUGAAGUGAGCAAGGAUAAUCUUUAAUCAUUAAUCACUAAUCACUAGGAGAACAACUACAACUACAACUACAACGAAAAUCAGCAAUUGUCGGGUGACAGUUUACAAUUUCCCGUUACCGGUUACCCGUUUCCUCGGACCCAAGGACUUAAUUCUAAAUGCUCUAAACUAGAUUUUUCAAUUCAUUUUUUUCUAUAAAUAAUGCUUGAAAAAAAAUAAAAUGCAAUUUUUACAUUUUGUUGUUGAAUAUA